ACGCGCGGCGUCGCCGGGCUCCGCCCCCCGAGUAGGGACCUACAGCGGGCGUGGCGGCGGCGGCGGCGGCCUGGCGCUGGCGGUGUAGACAACCCCCCUUCUCCGCGGGACCCAGACCAGCCGGCCCGUGUUGCCUGGAAUAUCAGAGAAUUGGAAGCAGUCACGUUUGAGGAUCCUGGCCUGCUUUAUGAAGAAAGAUAAUUAAGUAUGCUCCUAGGUACGCUGCCACAAAGUGUACCAAAGAUGCUUCCUAAGGAUUUUAUUGUAUGAAGUCUUCCUGGAUUUCAGCGGGCUUUUUAGAAAUGCAGAUGAAGAGAUGAAGGACAUUGGACAGCAGCUCUGUAGCACACAAGUUGGUGACGGACGCAAUGCCUUGACCAUGUCACCCAAACAGCCUAAUGCUCAUCGAGGGACUCGACCAGAUAGACCAGACACUCAGACUCUUCUGUAUCAAGGCUCCGAGGCAGAGGCUGCCGCCAUGACUGUUGCUACGUGUGUAAAGUGCAAGAGUGUGCACGAGGUCCCACUUCAGGAUCUGAAAAAGGGCACUGCACAGAGCCAGAAGGAGGACAAAUACGUUUGCUUCAAAUGCAGCCUUGGCGCGGCCGCUCCCCAUUUCCACUUUGUGAACAACAGUCGCAGUGCUACUCAAGUAGGAAAUAAACCAGAAGCCGUCUCAAGUUCUGUCAAUCACAAGUUUAAGGUAAGGAACUUCAAGCCAGGCAAAUACUAUUGUGACAAAUGUCGAUUUUCCACAAAGGACCCCCUGCAGUACAAAAAGCACACACUUCAGCACGAAGAGAUUAAGUUCGUCUGCUCCCACUGCGGCUGCAUUUCCUACACGAAAGGGGAGUUUCAGAGGCACCUGGUGAAGCACACAGGCGUUUUCCCUUACCGAUGUGAGUACUGUGACUAUGGUGCUAUCAGAAACGACUACAUCGUCAAACACAGGAGGAGAGUCCACGAGAAGGCAGGGGCCAAACGGCUGCCCAAAGCCGCUGCCAGGCUGGAGCCAAAAAGGAUCAGCGCCUCCAAGCAAAACCCAGAGCUUUCAAAAGCUUCCAGUCCCAGGACCACAUUUCAAAAUAAGUUGUCAGAUCAGCUCUCAAGGUUUUCCCUCCACGCAAGUAAAGACAGGACACACAGCAUCACAUUGUUACCUGAAUCCAAAGAGUACCAGAAAGACGUGGUGUGCAUCCCACACAAAGGGGCCCUGUCAGAGCCCACUGAGCUCAGCCUGCUGGGGAACAGAAGUGUGGAGGUGGAGGUCUUGUCCCCCUCGAAAGAGCCCGUGCAGCCGGGGAUGCCGUUAACGGUGGUGGCGCCAGCCGAGCUCGUCGUCCCCGCCAACUGUCUAGCCCAGCUGAUGGACGUGAAGGUUGUCAACGGAACGCAGCAGCUCGUGCUCAGACUGUUUCCCCUGGAAGAAACCAACUGCCUCGACGCCAGUGGAGGCGAUGGAGGUAGUUCUGAACGUGGGUCUAAAGAGAGGGGUGCAAGCGAGCAGGAAAAAAUGGCUUCCGCAGAGCCCAUGCAGUCCCUCGCGAUCGAAGGGAAUAUCGGAAAACUUGGAGGCAUCAGUAGUCUACAGUCAUCAGUUCAGAAGCAACUUAAAAAUGUGAAAUGGGUGAGGUCUUACGAUUUUUUCAUGCCAAGUUCUGGCCGUCACAGCAGCGGAGAAUCCCUGCUCAACCCGGGGAGAGUUGAGAGUUUGCAGAGAAAAGGUUACCCGUAUCCCCAUAGAGCUGCUCUGCCUUCCAUUGCCUUCAAAGGCCAUUCUCCAUUAUCUCUAGUGAAAAACAGUGUUUUACGUGGUCUUGGAACUUCAUCGAACUCUUUUCCAUAUAAAACUGCCCUUUCUUUUACUGAAGACAGAAGAAACUUACCCAGUGACUCGCAGCAGUUAUUUCCCGUGUCUGCACCGCCUGCAGCCAUUUCCUUCUCUGGAGAAACGGACUCACUGCCCCUAUGUCAGAAUGAUGUGGGCUCUAGGAAUGAGAUCAGCCUUCCUGCAAAAACAGUUGCCCCUCCCAGGAAGCUGCAAGACAGCCAGACACAGGAGCAUAAGGCAGUUUCAAACACAGGCCAGGCUUCCUCUCAACACAGAAGUGAGUAUUUACACAUCAACAUAAUGGGAGAAGACAGAGUCAGAGCCCAGCAGUCUGGGGAUAAACCACUGGAAUUAAAGAAUCCCGACCAGACUAAUGACUCCUUCGAUGGCCCGGUCAUCUCCUCAGUCUUUUCUCUGAGCUCUGGAUCUGAAAACGUCCCUGAGGGCGUCAGGUGGAAUAGUUCAACAUCCAAAAUAAAGUCAAUUGAACUCUUGCGCAGAAAGAUAGCCCAGUUAAUCGAAUCCUGUGGCAAGCCUUCAUCUCUGGCUGCAAACGGCGCCCAUCGACAUCCUGUAGGGAAGGCGUCUAAGGUCACUUCAAAAGCCACGCCUGAAUGCAUCCAGGAAAUUAACGUGUCCUUCAGCAGUGCUGGCUGUUCCACGGGCAUGCUCCCCAGACCUCAGGACGCUGGUGGCGUCAGUGGGCAGCUCGGGCACCAGCAGGCGUAUCCAAAGCUUGUCGAAGGCAGCAGCGGGAAAACCGAAAGCAGAGUGACCAAGAAGCCACAUGUGGCUACUCCAGUGUUGAUCCCCAAGGGGGCCGUGUUGAGGGUUCUUAAUUCCUCUGAGGAUUCCCACAUUAUAGAGGCGACCUGCGAAGCACCUGUCAAUAUCCCAUGCAGUGAGACACAGUUAAUAAAGCCCAUUCCGCUCUGCCCAAUGAAACGGACAGACCCGGACGUACAGUUUUUGACUAGUGAAAGUGGACCCAUAGAUAUGUCCCCAAAUCAUGAUCUGUCUUUUCGGCCUAAAUCACGAAAAGAGAGUGCCCACUGCAGCACUGUGCCCAAAAAACCCGGACCCCUGCAUGGCCCGCAAGGAAGCAGUGAAAUGAGCAAGCAAGCGAAACUGUUCCCCAGAAGUCUUCCCAUCAGUAAAGGUAAACCCAGACAAAUCAGCUCAUCUAAGAAGAAAAGCAAAAUCCAGACUGACCCCAGCCGCUGUUUCAGGGAUCCUUCCAUCUUUCAGGUUGCAAGACAGCUUCGACUGAUUGCAGCUAAACCAGACCAGUUGAUCAAAUGCCCCCGUCGGAACCAGCCCGUCAUUGUGUUAAACCAUCCUGACGUCGACUCACCGGAGGUGUCCAACGUGAUGAAGGUAAUCAACAAGUACAAAGGCAACGUCCUCAAGGUGGUGUUGUCAGAGAGGACUAGGUGUCAGUUAGGCAUGAGGCGGCACCACGUCCGACUGACCUACCAGAACGCGGAGGAAGCCAAUCAGAUCAAAAGGCAAAUGAUGCUGAAAAUGAAACUGAAGAAGGUUCAUAAAAACAACUACCAGGUGGUGGAUUCCUUGCCUGAUGACUCAUCGCAGUGUAUAUUUAAGUGCUGGUUUUGUGGGCGGCUCUACGAGGACCAGGAAGAGUGGAUGAGUCACGGCCAGCGGCAUUUGAUAGAAGCAACCAGAGACUGGGAUGUUCUUUCUUCCAAGGGCAAAUAAGUGAAAAGCCGGUCUCGGAAGCGCGGUGUUUUUGCUCCCUUUCAGUUGGUCCUGGUUUGGGUGGUUUGGUUUUGUGUCCCUCCCUGACUCAGCGGGGGAAAUAGAGGCUGCAGGGAUGGGAGGGCAGGCCAGUCUUGCGAUCCUCCCAGGAAUGCAGGGAGCCACGCGCCUGAGCCCAAGCCAGGUGCCUGGACCUCAGAAGGGUCUGUGUCCCUGAAGGAGUGUGCACAGAUUCACCUACACGCAUUUGUUCGGGGAGAAGGGAAACUCGGAACAGAUUUUAGUGGGAUCUGAGAUUUCUCUUCAGUCGGCAGCCUUUUUCUGAGUAGAUAACAAAUCUUUUCUUAUCCAUUCAAAGGGGCAAGUUUAGAACGUUGGACACAUGCUCUUUAUAUAACAAAAUGCUACUGAAGAAUUAAACCCAGGUCUUGGUGUGCACAUCCCUUGUUUUUUUUUUUUUUCCUUUUUGCGUUAACUUAUCUCCUGAAUACUUGGUACAUAAUGGAGAUUACAUUUUCUACUUCGUUAUCUUAAAUUUGGUUAUAAGAAAGUGGCGUUCUUUUAAAUCCCUCACCCACUCUGCAGUGUUGCUGAGUAUUCACUGUAGCACAGAGAGAUUGUGCUUUUGUUGACCCCUUUAAAGAAUGAUUCCAAAGUUUGGCCUGAGUUUGCAACAACAGCAGAUGUUAGGGGAAGAAUAAAAGAUUUUCAAGCUUUUGCUUUCUUUUUCAAGUACCUUGAUUUAUGAUGGUGGGGGAGGGAAUGUGCCUUUUUUGGAAGAAGAAAAAGAAAACAUCUGAAGUUGUCUCCCGUUUGCCCUUAUCACUCUCCUGAGAGUCGGCUGAGUAAUCCAUGUCCGUUGUGAAUGAACAGGCUCCGUUGAACCUGGAUGACGUUUGGGGAGACAAGUCGAGGUAGGAUUGGAAAGCAAGUUGGGGCUUUAGUGAGACUGAGUUUUGGUUUGGGAGCUCCCCACAAACCAGGGCUGGGGGCUGCACGCUCUGUCUUCCUCCACCACCCGUGGGUCAGAUGCUGCCCCCCUGCCGGCCAGGUCGUAUUCUGCCCUCCCUUGGUGGGUUUUCUGAACAGGCCCUCUUGUGGAAUAGACCGCUUCCCCACUCACCUGUCCACUCCUUACGAUUUUUCCUUCCUGAAAACACUGUGAACAGGCAGGAAUCUGCAAAAUGGAAACCUCCCCACUGUCUUUAUUCAGGCUCCAGGAACACCGUACCCUAUUUUCAUCGAUGGUAAUUUCUAACUGAUCUCAGCUGCAAUCAGGCCUUCCCUGCUGCUCACCCCGCCUGGGAGGCGGCUCCACAAACACUCCAGCUCCCCCCACCAGCAGAAGGCAGGGCUGGUGCUGGUCUCCGCAGCCCGCCCUCUGUACCACUGUGGCUGCAUGGGCAGGUGGAUGGCUUGGCAAGCACAGAUCAGCCUGGGUUGUGUUCCUCACAUGCCCCCCACCGCCCCCAGCCAGCCGCGAGCCGGCCAUAAUGCAGAGCACAAGUGCAAGGCAGCCCCAGGGCGCACGUUUUCCUUCCUUGUGGACUCCUCCCUUGGAGAACCGGGGGCGGUUAUAUCUGAAAAGGGCAUGAGCAGGCUUCUUGUUGGCUUGUCAGUUGAAGGCUUCCUGAUCCAUUUCCAUGUGGGGAAGUCUUAGGUUAUCCUCUGAUACAUUUGAUUGUUAAUACUUUGUAGUUGGUUCUCAUUACAGAUAAAUUGACGUGGCUUGUGUGUAGUUUAAUACAUAAUCAUUAUGUUGGUUUAUUGGUUAGUUUUUAUUGAAAUUUGAAACUUGGGUUUUUUUAUAUGUGUAUAUACUUGUGUACACAUAUAUUUUUUACCAUAUGAAGACUCGGUAGCUAAUUUUCUGAUUUCCUAUUUUAUAAUGGAGUUAUGUGGGCUGGAAAAAUACAAAGCAUUUUAUAUUCUAGAAAUAAUUUAUUUUGGGAGUACAUUUUUAUAAUGGUCUGAUCUCGUUUUUAGAAAAUGGAAGCACAGUAAGUGAUGGGUCUGAUUUCCAUGAACAAAUGGGUGUAGAAACCCCUGUGAAUCGUUUCAGUACAGUAUCUAGUCCUUGUGCAUUUCUAGUUGGUGCUCUUUGGGAAAUGGGUCGUGUGUACCACUUCACUACAUAAAGGAGAGCAAUCUUAAAGUUUUAUCCACAGAAGACUUAUUACCCCCCAACCCCCUAGCAUGAAAGAAGGCUCUUAAGAGUUGAGGGGAGAAGAAAAGGCUGUGACUUUUUUUUUCCCCCUCCUUCUAUACCUCACUGCUUGGUAGCAUCUUUCCUGAAAGGCUAUACCUUGACCUUCCAGGAAAGAUGACCUUGAAUCAGGUCAGAGUGUUAAGUGUCAACAUGAAGUAUUCACACUUGGCAGCAUCAGCUGUUUUUCAAGUAUUACCUAAAAGUCAACUUAUGUACUUGUACAGAGCAAAAUUUUGUGAGUAGAACAUGUAGCUAGGCUUCUUGAGAUUUUCAGUACCUUUUAAGGAAUUGAGAGAGCUUCCUGGAAGUCAUAAAAAAAUGAGAAAGCAAAACAUGUCUGUCUUCCUUAUAUAAAGAACCUUAGAAAAUAGUGUGUUAACAUGUAGCUUAAUGUCAUGAAACGAACAAAAUUGGAGAAGGUAGAGGCAGAGCUGUGUUGAGUAUUUGUCAGCUUUCUUACCUUAAUUUUGAAGGAUCUCUACUCACUAAAUGUUAUUCAUAGUUCUUAAUACAAAAGUCAUUAACUUAUUUUUUAACGUAGACUUUCUUACUUUGGGGGAUCGGGAAUGAGACGAUCUUCUUAUAUUUAUGAUAUGACAGUGAAAAAAAAAUUUUUUUAACAUACCCAGAGGCUAUUUUACUCAAAUUUUUAUUCCCAGUCCAAAACACUUUGUGAGUCCCUCUUAUGGGCCAAGAGCUGUUGGUUGAACUAAACUGAACACAAUGUAUUAACCCUCCAAAGUUCCAUCCCUCUUUUUUUUUUUUAGGACAUAAUGAUAUAAGCCACUCCAGAAAACGAAGACGUGAUGCUGCUCAGCCUUUGGGAUAUUUUUUGAAUCUGUCAGUGUCCGAUUGAGCAGAAAACAAAACAUCACAUAACAUGUUGUAAGCAUUAUUAUAUGUCCUGCAUUAACAGUCUGUGUCUCUGCUGCUCUGACUUUGAAACACGUUAUGUAUAUAGAUAGAGACGUUGGCGUAACUUUUGUUAAAUAAAACAACUGUAAAAUUC